AUCGUGAGCCAUGAUAAGAAAGUAAAAACCGGGAAAACGUCGUAAACAUAAAGCAAAUAGCAAUGCAAUAACGCCAGCCGCCAAAAGCAUCAGUAUUCAGUAUUCACUAUUCAGUUGUCACUUGUCAGUUGUCACCCGUUACAUGUCAGUUAGCUACUUGGCUGUCACAGUUUACCGUCCUUCUUAUAACUUCACGGUCUAGAGUCACUAUAAAAAAUUUAGAAUUUAUUAACCAUCGUCUAAAAUAGAAAAAUAUGGAAUCAGUAACCAUACCCACACGGGCAUUUGUUAAUGGAUCAUUCUUGCAGAAAUUUUCCAACAAGCCUAUAACAUUGAUCGGUAACGUGUUGAAGGUGAGUUCCGAUGGUAAAUCUGUAACAAUGCAAGCAACAGAUGACCAAGUAGUGACUGUUAAUUUUCAUGAACCAGUCGACAGCUCUCUAGACGGGUGGAUUGAAGUACAUGGUCUGGCCAAAGAUAAAGGAACUGUGGCUGGAGAAAGUUUCUACAAUUUACCAUCAUCAAUAACUGAUGAUUUUGAUAAAUCACAAUUUAACGAAACAGUUUCACUUAUAUACAGCCUAUCAAACCCCUUGAAGUAAUGAAGAAAAAUAAUUUGUUAAUUUCAAUUGUAAUAUUAUUUUAUUUU